AUGGUAUUACUUAUUAUACUUUACUUGAUAUUGCCUCACGCGAUUUAUAUGAGUCAUAGUUUGGUGUGUUAUUCAUGUAGCGGAGGACACACAUGUGGUACUUUAUUUUCACCAAACUCGACUCAUUAUAAAAAAGUUACUUCAAAAGAAAAUGAUCCAUUUUCUUCCUGUUCGAUAACUGUCACUCCAGAAGGUUUAACAAUUCGAGAUUUAGUACCUUCACAUACAUGUCGAAGUUCAUCAUAUCAAUUUUGUUGUAAUGAAAAUCUAUGUAAUUCUCUACCUUCUCCACCAUUGCCUGCAUUAACUUCACGUAAAUGUGCCAUUGGUAAAUGUACUAUGUCUGAUGGUAUAUGUGUUGAUGAUUUUGAUUAUGUUACUGUUCUCAGUAGCGCAACAGAAUCUUGUUCGAUUACAUAUAAUAAAGGAGUUCAUUAUAAAUCUUAUAUAAACAAUUGUCAAGCAACUGUUAAAGAUGUAUCCCAUCAUAUCAAUCAUUUGACUAGCAAACCAUCUAUCUUCUGUUGUAAUACUCCUGAAUGUAAUCAAGAAAUUUUAACUACUGUUAUCAAAGAUUCCAGUCUUCAAUGUUAUACAUGUGAUUCACGUAUAACUGGGUUGAAAGAUUGCAUGAUAUUGAAUGAAUCUAGUCCACAUGUUUAUAAAACUAAAACAUCCAGCCUUUCUGAAGCAUGUGCUACAAUUAUCGGUCGCGAAGGACAAGAUGCUGCAACAGGCAAGAAGUAUCCAAUGUUUGUUAUACGUACAUUCAUUUCAAAAUGUGUUACUAGCAAACAGCUAGGCAAAAUGUCUUAUGGUGGUGCUACUUUUGAGGGUCGUAUCGAAUGUUGCACAAGUCAUUUUUGUAAUACACGAACUUUGAAUAUAACAAAACGUCAUCGUAUAUUUUCAAAGAAGAUGCUUAUGAUCAUUGGUAUGAUUAUUGGUACACUUGCUGUUCUUGCUGGAAUAGUCAUUGGUGGUAUUCAUCUUAUGAAUAAGAAAAAGAACAAAGAUAAAUAUGGCUCAUGUGCUACGAAAGAACCUAUAGAAUUAUCAGAGUUAUCAAAACAUAAAUCUCAACGGAGUACUGCUGAUACUUAUCCAGAAGCAAGUGCUGCGCCUAGUUAA